GUUCCCAUAGCAAUAAAAGAAACAAACCUUCCCUUGCCAUCUCCCAAGGACAAACCUCCCGGUUCAGGUCCAAGUAGAGGAGACCUGGACAGAGGCGUGACUUCCUCGUCUAGUCUGACUCAUUGCACUACCAAGAGAUUCCAAGUGGAGGGUCUUUAGAAGGGGAAUUCGCAUUCAGGCCAGUUCAGCCUUGCUGAAGCCUUCGGUUGGAUCCCCUGGGAGUCUGUCUCUGCACAGCGCGUGCUGUGGGUUUUCUGCCUUGGCCUUUAAUGACCACGGAAAGUCUUGAGUUCUCCAACCCUGGGGUUUGAUGUAAAAUGAACUCUGGUUUUGUGUUGAUGGGGAAUAGUUUCUUUAGAAUGUUGUGGUUUCUUUGAGACUCGACUUGAGAUGAAACUGCUUGGGAAAAAAUAAAUCUGGGCCAUCCAAGCAAACAUUUCUUGACCUAGCAGCCAAGACCGCCCCUGACCUGGGACCAUGCACCCCAACCCUCUCAUCUAUUGCACCUGCUGGGACCCCUGGAACCUGGGACCACGAAAGUUGAUUAAGACCCCUCAUCCACCAAGCCAGACCACCACAGGACGGACCAAGCUAGCUCCUCUUCAGCCAGCUUCAAAAGACCAAAAUUACCUCCAAUCCCAACCAACAGCAAAACCUGUUGUCAACCCAAAAAUGAAAAUCCCUUUAGGAAGGCAAGAGGAGAGCAACAGAUCGCCUUACGAAGUGAUCAAUGUGUCACCUGGCUAUCAGCUUAUUCGGAAUCGAGAGCAGAUUUCCGUCACCUUAGGAGACGAGAUGUUCAGUAGGAAAAAACGGUUGGAAUCAGAGAUCACGGACAAAGUCGAAUUUUCCAGGACCAAUGUCAUUCGUGACCUAGAAGAGCAGAUCUCAGAGCUGACGGCAGUAAUAGAGCAAAUGAACAGAGACCACCAGUCUGCCCAGAAAUUGCUUGCCGAUGAAAUGGAACACCGCUGUGCUGAGAUGAAACAGAACUUCGAGAGCAAGAACAGGGAGCUCAGAGAGGCUCACAAAAAGGAGGUCAGUGAACUGGAGAACAACUACAAAGCGUCCUUGAAGGCAGAGAAGGCGGCUGCCCAGGAGAAGAUAGAGGAGAUGAGAAAGGAGUAUAAGUAUCUGAAGAAUAUGUUUCAUAUGUACCAGGACAGCAUUUAUGAUGAAAUGGAAGACAAGUGGUCAAAGCGGAAGGCAGAAUGGGAGAAGGACGAGAAGAUAGAGCGGGAGAAGAUCCUGCUACAGCAAAAACACAAGAUGACGAAGAAGUUUGAAUUAGAGUCAGAAGAAGAGAAGAAGAAGAUAAGCGAAACCUAUGUUGCUCUCUUUGAGAAUUUCACGCGAGAGAAGGAGGAGCUCUUGAAACAGCAUGAAAGUGACACCGUGCAGUUAGAGGAACUGAGGAAGACCAAAGAGAUCGUGGAGGAAGAGUUGCAUGCACAAACUCUUGUUCUAGAGUCACUGAACAUGAACCUCUGCAACACCCAGAUGGAACUCCAGAAAGAGAAAGCGGCCAUGGGUCACCUGGAGAAAACGCUCCAGACCAAGCUUGCUGAAGCCGAUGAGAAGUAUAAGUACACCAUACAGAUGCUGACCGAGGAGAACCUUCAUCUGAGGCAAAAGAUAAUUGCCAAGAAUGAAGAAAUCUAUAAAGGACGAUCGGGAAAAUCAAUGGGUAGCACCUCUUUUGAGGAUGACUUGAACACUUUGGAAGAUGAUGACAACAGAAGAUGAGAAUCAGUAACAAAAAGCUGUUCUCCCUGGCUGACGCAGCAGGAGGGCCAUCCCUGAAGCCACUGACAGCGGCAGGAAAACCAUCCCCCAUAGGCCUGGCGCACUCCUGUGAGGUUGUUUGAGAAAUGCAUAGAAGUUUAGUUCUUGGGUU